UGUAAUGAAUGUGGCAAAGCCUUUAAACGUAGCUCACACCUAACUGAACAUCAGAGAAUUCAUACUGGAAGCAAACCCUACACUUGUAAAGAAUGUGGCAAAGCCUUUAGUUAUACAUCAAAUCUUACUGAACAUCAGAGAAUCCACACUGGAGAGAAACCCUACAAAUGUAAAGAAUGUGGAAAAGCCUUUAAACGUAGCUCAAACCUAACUCAACAUCAGAGAAUUCAUACUGGAAGCAAACCCUACGAUUGUAAAGAAUGUGGCAAAGCUUUUAAUUAUAGGUCAAAUCUUACUGAACAUCAGAGAAUCCACACUGGAGAGAAACCCUACAAAUGUAAAGAAUGUGACAAAGCCUUUAAGCGUAGCUCACACCUAACUGAACAUCAGAGAAUUCAUACUGGAAGCAAACCCUACACUUGUAAAGAAUGCAGCCAAGCCUUUAAUUAUAGGUCAAGUCUUACUGAACAUCAGAGAAUCCACACUGGAGAGAAACCCUACAAAUGUAAAGAAUGUGGCAAAGCCUUUAAACGUAACUCACACCUAACUGAACAUCAGAGAAUUCAUACUGGAAGGAAGCCCUAUAAAUGUAAAGAAUGUGGCAAAGCCUUUAGUUAUACAUCAAAUCUUACUGAACAUCAGAGAAUCCACACUGGAGAGAAACCCUACAAAUGUAAAGAAUGUGGCAAAGCUUUUAAACGUAACUCACACCUAACUCAACAUCAGAGAAUUCACACUGGAAGCAAACCCUACAAUUGUAAAGAAUGUGGCAAAGCCUUUAAUUAUAAGUCAAGUCUUACUGAACAUCAGAGAAUCCACACUGGAGAGAAACCCUACAAAUGUAAAGAAUGUGGCAAAGCCUUUAAGCGUAGCUCACACCUAACUGAACAUCAGAGAAUUCAUACUAGAAGCAAACCCUACACUUGUAAAGAAUGCGGCCAAGCCUUUAAUUAUAGGUCGGGUCUUACUGGACAUCAGAGGAUCCACCCUGGAGAGAAACCCUACAAGUGUAAAGAAUGUGGCAAAGCCUUUAAACGUAGCUCACAUCUAACUGAACAUCAGAGAAUCCACACUGGACAGAAACCCUACAAAUGCAAAGAAUGUGGAAAAGCCUUUAAAUGUAGUUCACACCUAACUCACCAUCAGAGAAUUCAUACUGGAAGCAAACCCUACAAUUGUAAAGAAUGUGGCAAAGCCUUUAAUUAUAGGUCAAGUCUUACUGAACACCAGAGAAUCCACACUGGAGAGAAACCCUACAAAUGUAAAGAAUGUGGCAAAGCCUUUAAGCGUAGCUCACACCUAACUGAACAUCAGAGAAUUCAUACAGGAAGCAAACCCUAUGAUUGUAAAGAAUGUGACAAAGCCUUUGUUUAUAAGUCAAGCCUUACUGAACAUCAGAGAAUCCACACUGGACAGAAACCCUACAAAUGUAAAGAAUGUGGCAAAGCCUUUAAACGUAGCUCACACCUAACUCAACAUCAGAGAAUUCAUACUGGAAGCAAACCCUACGAUUGUAAAGAAUGUGGCAAAGCCUUUAAUUAUAGGUCAAGUCUUACUGAACAUCAGAGAAUCCACACUGGAGAGAAACCCUACAAAUGUAAAGAAUGUGGCAAAGCCUUUAAGCGUAGCUCACACCUAACUCAACAUCAGAGAAUUCAUACUGGAAGCAAACCCUACACUUGUAAAGAAUGCAGCCAAGCCUUUAAUUAUAGGUCGGGUCUUACUGGACAUCAGAGAAUCCACACUGGAGUGAAAUCCUACAAUUGUAAAGAAUGCGGCAAAACCUUUAAUUAUAGGUCAAGUCUUACUGAACAUCAGAGAAUCCACACUAAAAUCCAUAGUGGAGAGAAACCCUACAAAUGUGAAGAACGUGGGAAAGCUUUUAACCGUAGUUCACACGUAACUCAACAUCAGAAGAUUCAUACUGCAGAAAAAUUUCAGAAAUGUAAAGCAUGCAGUAAAUCUUUUACUCUUCCUUCAAGUCUUAUUGAGCAUCUAAGGAUUCAUACUGGAGGAAAACCAUAUAAAUGUAAUGAAUGUGGCAAAGCUUUUACUCAUUCUUAUGGUCUUAUUGUGCACCAGAGAAUUCAUACCGGAGUAAGCUCCUAUAUAUGUAAAGAAUGUGGCCUGUCCUUUAACCAGUCUUCAACUAUUAGACAAUGUGACAGAAUUCAUUCUGGAGAGUGCUGGUUUGCUAGUUCGGUGCAGACUCCAGACCUCUUUUGUGAAGUUGCAGCUGAAGAGACUUCAGGCUCCGCUGAGGCGGAGGAAGAGCCUGAGUCAAGACUGAGAGCAGAGGAUUGA